AUGGCCACUUGUGAGAUGGGUUCAGUACCUUUAACCGAAUCCGCUUGGCUUGUGGAUGCCGUUGCGGCCCUUCAUGGCGCUUACGAGCACAUCCAUCCCUAUAUGGCAGUGGCUCUAUGCCUCGCAGGAACAGCGAUGAACGCUGUCACGGUCGUGGUUUUGACUCGACCAUCGAUGUUAUCUCCUAUUAACGCAAUUCUUUGUGCGGUGGCUAUCUGUGAUAUGUUGGUGAUGACAUCAGUUCUUGUGUUUGUCUAUCAUUUUCUCAUAUCAGCCAACUUCAGGUGAGA